AUGAAGUUACUCUUCUUUCUCUUUGGGUUAAUAGCUGCUAUAGAUCAAGAGAAACCAUGGCUGGGAGACAACAGAGUUCCCGUUGAGCAGGUGAUGAGUGAUCAUUCAUCUGGAAAAUUCAAAUAUGAAUAUGUGUCAGUUUGUGUGAAUGGAACAGAUGAGACACUUUUGGAUAUUGUUCAUGACAAAGAAUGUAAAGAUGCCAAAUCUCGAGUUGCCCUUGGAAAGUACUCCAACCAAGUUAACACAACUGGAUGGGGAAUUCUCGAAAUUGAAACAUUUGCCAGCCACUCUUACGAUGUCCAGGCAUACGCUGCUGGAGUCGCUGAAGGAGAGCUAACUCGUCUUCAGAUCUACUAUCACUACCGUAAUACCAUUGAGACAAUGUGCAAUAAUCAUACAUUGUUCUGCAAAAGGCUUUACGUUUACCUUCAACAGAAUUUGGAUUGGAUGAGAAGCCAAGUGCAAUCCCAUCCACCAACUGAUCCAUUCUGGCGUCAAGUCAAUUUGACUUUCGCUCAACUCACGGGAGUUUACGAUGCCUACAGUAAGAGAAACUUGACACCAGAAAUCGGUUUCGAUCUUCAUCCGAUUUACAUGAUGCAACUUGCUGGAGAUAUGUUUGAUCUCAAUAAAUACCUCAAUAAGACUCCAGAUCCAUUGGAAUAUCCAGAAGCCGGAAGAUGCUCCGGAUUCAUCAAGUUGGCUCCAGGAAACAAGGACUUGUUCAUCGCUCAUGUCUCUAUGUCAUCUCUAAGUUGGAUGCAGAGAAUUUUGAAGAUCUACAAGUUCGGUUAUGAUGUGAACGAAGUUCCAGGGCAUAUUGUUACUUUCUCUGGAUAUCCAGGAGCACUCAUCUCUUCUGACGACUACACAAUCACAUCUGCUGGAUUGACUUCAAUCGAAACAACCAUUGCAAUUUUCAACACUUCGUUGUACACUGAUAAGUAUAUGAGUGCAGAAGGGCAAGUUCACUGCUGGGUCAGAUCGAUGGUCUCCAAUUUGUUAUCAAAAACUGGAAAACAAUGGGUUGACACUUUCGGGCGGUACAAUUCAGGAACAUACAAUAAUCAGUGGACAGUUUUGGAUUGGAAGCAUUUCACGCCAGGACAACCAAUUCCAGACAAGGAUGUACUCUGGAUUUCUGAACAGACACCUGGCUACUACGAGUCUCGUGAUAUGACAUGGUACCUGAAGAAGUACACCUACUUUGCAUCCUACAACAUUCCGUUCCUUCCAAAAAUCAGCGAACGUUCUGGAUUCGACACCAAAGCCAAACAAUUCGCAUGGUACGAAUGGGGAGGUUCUCCACGUGCCAGAAUUUUUGACAGAGAUCAUCAGACGGUUACCGACAUUGAUUCUUUGACAAAAUUGAUGAGAUAUAAUAACUAUAAACAUGAAGAAUUCGCCAGAUGUAAAUGUACUCCAGAUCCAUGGACAGCAGAGGGAGGAAUCUCUGCUCGUGGAGACUUGAACAUUCCUGGCGGAACCUACGAAGUCGAGUCCAUGGGAUUCAGAGAUCAUGCAGGACUUGAUUUCAAGGGAACCAACUACGAGAUGUUCAAGAAAUUGAGAUUCCGUGCCUGGGGAGGACCACCAUAUGGAGAUGUUCCACCAUUUGACUGGAAUAACACCAAUAUCACAAAUGUUCGCCAUUUCGGACAGCCAGACUUUUGGAAUUUCACAUAUGUGGAUCUCGAAUGGGAGCUCGCCACGAAGGUUCUAUUGACUCCAGUCCCAUCAAUCUAG